CAAGAUCCGGUUCGGCGUCAACUGGCACAACCACGGCGAAGUGGACGGAACGGGGGAAGCUUUUUGAGGGGAAGAGAGAUGGGAAAUAAAAUGUGAUAUUUGAUUAAAAGUGCUCGCGACUUGCCUUUUUUCCUGAGAACGCCCAUCUAUCCGGACAUGUGGUACGAAAGGGAGCUGCAGUUUAUCGAGAAUCGCCGCGGCGGGUUCAGCCUCAAAUACAGGGGCUACCUGUUUACGACUGAGCGCCGGUACAACAACACCGUUAACUGGGUGUGCAACAAGAACAGCAACUCGAAGCUGCGCUGUCCGGCGCGGUGCGUGACGCAGGGCAACCGGAUGAUCAAGUUCGGCAAGCGACGGCACAACCACGGAGCCGUCUACGGGAGCGGAGAAGCUCCCGGUUGAGAAAUAAACGUUUUUGAAGAUGACUGGUGGCGUUUUAUUCAACUGUAGUACAAGAAGGAAGGUGGAUACGCUGAAACUAACCAACAUAUUUUUUUCCAGUUACAGGAGGCUCAGCGCGGUUCAUGUACGGUGAAAAUUACGAGCUCAUCAACAAUCGAAAGGGUGGACUGAACCUGCUUUACGAGGGCUACGUGUACCGGCGGAAGGCCGACUACGCCAGUACGGUGAACUGGGUCUGUGCCAAUCCAAACACCGCCCGGUUUAUCAGUGACCCGGCCCUGGUGUUAGGAUACACGGGAGUUUGCGCCGCUCGGUGCGUCACGAAUAAGGAGGGUGGUAUCAA